AUGGAGACCGUUGUGUCUGUUCCAAUGCCGCACAUGGCGGUGGCGGGACAAGAUCACCCCUUGCCUCCUCCGGGGCCAUCCGAGUUGGAUGAACUCUGGAUGCAGAACGUCAAGCGUGCUGCGGCGUCGUCAAGUGAAUUCAACAAGAUGACGUACGAGCUGAUGGCGCAGUUUCACACGCAGCAGCAAGCGAUGGCUGUGCGCUUGAAACAAGAAUCCGCCCGACAGGCGGUGAUGGUGGCUGAAAUCGAGAAUAGCCGCCGCGAACAAGACGAAUCGCGUGCGAUAUCGUCGAAGCAGCAAGAACAUCUACGACGCCAACACGAAGAGAACUAG